CUCCCCCGAUCAACAAAUAUAUCGGGUGAUAACAAAAUCCAGUGUCAUUUCCUUACAAAAAAUUUGUGAGAUUUUCAGAACUGAGAAACAGAUACGAAACUGAGAAAACUGGUUGAACUGCCCUCAGAGCCACGCCCCUGUAUCUACCCCUCUGCCUCCAGUUGCCCCACCCGUCACUACAGCCAAUAUCUGCUCGUCAAAUUUGUAGAACAACUCUUGCACCAUGAGCGACAAGGAAGCCAUCUUGAAGCGAAAGCCGUCGGACGAGGAAGGAGUGGACGGGACAAAGAAGUCCAAGCUCUCGUUCAACAUCGGACUCAAGAAGUCUCCUGCAGUUGCAACAGAAAACAAGACCUUCAACGCGAAGCCAUUGAUCAAGCCAAAAAUUAGAAUAGCCCCUGUUUCCAUCAAACUUGGAGCAUCGAAACCCAAGGAGCCAGAGAAGAAGAUCCUGAAACCAAGCGGAACCGCAGCCAAAGCUUUUGCAGAUGAAAGUGAUGAAGAUGAGGAGGACAUGCCUCCUGAAGCUAAGAUGAGGAUGAAGAACAUGGGCCGGGACACGCCCACGUCGGCAGGACCCAACUCCUUCAACAAGGGCAAGAUGGGAUUCAGCAGCCCCUCCGCCAAGUGGAAGACGCCCCGCCUCAAGAGCAACGCCGAGCACCCUCUCGAAGAGCACGAGGUGGAGGACACAUCAUAGCAUCGAUCGGAAAUUACAAGACGUGUAUUAUAUUAAUGUACAGAGAGAGAGAGAGAG